GGACAUGGAGUGGAUGUUUCCAUUAGACAGCGAGUCUGUGAUCUGACAGCACUGUCUCAGAGUAAAGAUGCUUCUCUUUAAAACUGAGAUGAGAAAAAAUAAAUUGGCCUUAAGGUGUCUGAUCUGUGGAAUUUGUUGCCACAGAGGUUGGUUGAGGCUCCAAUUUGGAUAUAUUUGUGACAGAUUAAUAUAUUCAUGAUUGCUGAGUAGCUUCAGGUUUACAGGAGGAAGACAGGGAUAUGGUGUUGGAAUAAAAAUCAGCCGUGGUUGAAUGAUGGGCAGACCAGAUGUAUCGAAUCACCUAAUUCUGUCUUAUGUCUUACCAUGACUGAAUGAUGGCUCCUUCUUAUCCCAUAUCGUUCUGUGAGAUGUGAGGGACAAUAAAAGAUUGUUCACUGAGAUCGUUAAAUCUGCCUUCAGUGUUUAAAUUUCAUUAGACCUGUGGUGAGAGAUUUAUUGGAAGAAAAACACCAACUGGAGGCAAACCACGACUGAAGACGAGGGAACAGCAACAAGUGUACCAGCCCGAGGACUGAGAGCACCGACUGGAGAGAAACCAAUCUGACUCGGAGAUUCCAGUGAUUCAGUCAGGAGAAUGUUUGGUUAAAAUCGACCAGGAAUUUGUCUAUGGGAAUUCAAACUCAACACACCAGUUGUGCUGUCUCUGUCUAGAUAUUUAAGGAGCAAGAGAUUCAAUCAGCCAUCCUUCCUGCUCAGACUUUGCGGAGGGAUUCACUCGGUCAUCUGAUCAAUUGACACGUCCAUCAUUUUACACGGGAGAGACCAUUCACCUGCUCAGACUGUGGGAAUGGAUUCACUCGGUAAUCUCAACUGAAGCUACACACUGGGGAAGUCCAUUCAUCUAUUCUGUGAGUGGGAAGGGGUUCAGUCGGUCUUCCCACCUGUGGACACACCAGUCAGUUCACACGGGGCAGAGGCUGGUCAUCUGCUGAAUUUGUGGGGAAGGAUUCACUCGGUCAUCUGAUCUAAUGGCUCACCAGCGAGUUCACACCGGGCAGCGGCUGUUCGCCUGCUCAGACUGUGGGAAGGGAUUCACUUGCUCAUCUAAACUGAAGGUACAUCAGCGAGUUCACACUGGGGAGAGGCCAUUCACCUGCUCAGACUGUGGGAAGGGAUUCACUUGCUCAUCCACACUAAAGGCACACCAGCGAGUACACACAGGGGUGUGGCCGUUCACCUGCUCAGAAUGUGGGAAGGGAUUCAGUCAGUCAUCUGAUCUACAAAAACACCAGCGAGUUCACACUGGGGAGAGGCCGUUCAUCUGCUCAGACUGUGGGAAGGGAUUCAGUCAUUCAUCCACCCUACACAGUCACCAACGAGUUCACACUGGGGAGAGGCCAUUCACCUGCUCAGAUUGUGGGAAAGGAUUCAGUCAUUCAUCCACCUUACAGAGACACCAGCGAGUUCACACUGGGGAAAAGCCAUUCACCUGCUCAGAAUGUGGGAGGGGAUUCACUCAGUCAUCUGAUCUACAAAACCACCAGCGAGUUCACACUGGGGAGCGGCCAUUCACCUGCUCAGUCUGUGGGAAGGGAUUCACACAGUCGUCCAAACUAUUGGCACACCAGUCAGUUCACACUGGGGAGCGGCCGUUCACCUGCUCAGACUGUGGGAAGGGAUUCACGCUGUCAUCUAAUCUACUGAGACACCAGCGAGUUCACACUGGGUAGAGGCCGAUCACCUGCUCAGUCUUUGGGAAGAGAUUCUCUCGGCCAUCUCCACCAAAUGUGCAUGAUUGUCAAGUCAAAUUUGAGUUUCAGGAAGGUAUCAAGGAAGAGCAAGAAUUCACUCGCAGAGAGGACGGAACCUUCUGCCUGAGGGCGGUUUCUGCCCAGAACAUUUGGGCGGACCCCGCAGCGUCACAGUGGCAGUCCGAGAGCAGCGUCACAGUGGCAGUCCGAGAGCAGCGUCACAACCCGCGGUAAGAUGCCGAACUUUAAAUAAUUGUUGAUACUGUUUCAGGGAAAAGAACACUGCUGUCACUGCGUUUGGUUUAACUCCGCCAUCGGGAUCAUCGCAUGCAGGCACUUCUUGAAAAUGGCGCAAGGCUUAAGAAGUGCUUGCGAACCUUCGAGAGAGUUCACCCAGUUUGGAAUCAUAACGGUCCAGUAGAGAAACGGAGGUGCACGUCCAAAAUUGUCUCCGAAGUCCGAGAGGCAGCCAGUUUUUCACCUAAUCCUAAUGCUGAUGCUACUGCUACUGCCACUGCCUUAUGACUAUCCUUGACUAGACUAAUGACUGACAUGACUGAUUAUUUAUGACUACUGACUAAUAACUAAGAACUAUGAAAUGCCACACUUGUGAAAAUAAAAAUAAAAAAUGGAAAAGAAGGAAAGUUGUUUGGUCAUUGAAUGGAAUCCGGUUAAAACCUUCGGGUAUUCAGUCCCGUUCGAGUGUGGAAGCUGCACAUGUGCAAAGGGAGCAGUGAAAAUACUGCUUGACAAAACUGUUUGACUCGGAAACUGGAGGACCAGGAAACAGAAAUCUGUGAGCUUUGAGCUGGGACAGCAAGAGCAAUAAACUGUAGUCCUGAAAAAGGAAGGAAGGAGAAAGGAGGAUGCUGAAAUACUAACACCAACGGCGUUGGGCUUUUCCUCUAAUUUUCCCACGCC